GUGUGGGUUCGGCAGUCCGGAAGUGGCUGAGAGAAGGAACUGAAGUGGAGGCACGGCAGGGAGGCCAAGAUGGCCGGGCACAGAUUGGUGCUAGUGCUGGGAGACCUUCACAUCCCUCACAGAUGCAACAGCCUGCCAGCGAAGUUCAAGAAACUGCUUGUUCCAGGGAAGAUCCAACACAUCCUCUGCACUGGAAACCUUUGCACAAAGGAAAGCUACGACUACCUCAAGACCCUGGCUGGUGACGUCCAUGUAGUUAGAGGGGACUUCGAUGAGAAUCUGAAUUACCCUGAACAGAAGGUUGUAACUGUUGGGCAGUUCAAGAUUGGGCUGAUCCACGGCCACCAAGUCAUUCCGUGGGGCGACGUGGCCAGCCUGGCGUUACUGCAAAGGCAGUUUGAUGUGGACAUCCUCAUUUCAGGACACACACACAAAUUUGAGGCAUUUGAACAUGAAAACAAGUUCUAUAUCAACCCUGGAUCAGCAACAGGCGCCUACAGUGCUUUGGAGAACAACAUCAUUCCUUCCUUUGUGCUGAUGGAUAUCCAGGCCUCCACAGUCGUUACUUACGUUUAUCAGCUGAUUGGCGACGAUGUGAAAGUAGAAAGAAUUGAGUACAAGAAAUCUUAAAGCCAGCUACUCUUUGCUAGUUUAUGUUUCAGUCUCCUUUUUCCUCUUGCAAUAUGCACUCAAAAGGUCUACAGUGUUUGCAGUAUUGUUUUAGCAUAUGAAGCUAACCUUUCACUUGUUGUAGGCAGGUCAACAAGUACUUGGCAUCUUAAAGUCUGUCUUGGCUUUCUUUGUUUUGACCGUAAGAAAAGGCUCAAGCUUGUAAAUACUGUUUAAAAUGCUUGGUAGAAUUUCUUCUGCUUGCGUGAACUCUUCCCGAUCUUGUAAUAAAUAUUUGUUUAAUUUGGCCAAGCUUUCAUUAU